AUGGAGCUUUUUAACGGGACCACAGUGCAGGAAUUUAUUCUGCUGGGCUUUAGAGUUGGGCAACAGGGACGCCUGCUUCUCUUGAUCUUCAUCACUGCUGUCUACACCCUGACUUUGGCUGAGAACUUCAUCAUCAUCAUGUUAGUAACUCAAGAUGCACGCUUGUCCCACCUCCCCAUGUACAUCCUGCUGAGCAACUUCUCAUGGCUGGAGAUGUGUUACGUGAGUUCCACUGUGCCCCGGAUGCUCUUUGACCUAUCCUUCCCAGGUGGUGCCAUAUCCUUCCAUGCCUGCUUCUUCCAGUUUUACAUCUUCUUCUCACUAGGUACUACUGAAUGCCUCUUCCUAUCAGCCAUGGCCCUAGAUCGUUAUUUGGCCAUCUGCCGACCACUGCACUAUCCACGAAUUAUGUCCCAAGAUAACUGUUAUGCCCUAGUAGCUGCUUGUUGGAUCGUUGGCUUCCUAUGGUACCUUGCACCUGUUUUUUUGAUCUCCAGGUUGUCGUUCUGUGGUGGCAACACCCUUGAUCACUUUGUGUGUGACUCUGGCCAACUCCUAGCCUUGGCCUGCCCCCCACUGGGGUACCUCCCCCUCUUCUGCUACACCAUCACCUCUUCUAUGAUUCUAGUUACCUUUCUAUUCAUUGUGAUCUCUUAUGUGGGUAUAGUUGUCACCCUGGUGAAAACAUCUGGCCAAAACACUGGAAUCAAAGGCUUUUCUACAGUCUCUUCCCAUCUAGCAGUGGUGACACUCUUCUAUGGAUCUGUAGCCACUAUGUAUAUAGGACACAGUGGAGAAAGUCAUAGUGAGAAAUCUAAAGUGAUGACUCUCUUCUACACUGCUGUUGCCCCUCUGCUUAACCCCUUGAUCUACUGUCUCAGGAAUGAUCAGGUGAAACAAGCAUUUGUCAGGUUUUUGAGAAAGAAAAGGUUGAAUUAG